ACCAGAUAGCUCCUUAUCUUUUCAAUGAGUACACGACUAGGGAUGAAAGUAAUAUUAGAAAUCCUCCUUUGACUCAGCAUGGACAUAUUAUAUAUACCUGUUGGGCCAACUUGGAGCUGCGUUUAUGCGCUCGUUAAGUGUUCGAUGAUAUGCCUCAGAACCCACAACGCAAAUGGCUAAUGCCAACUCUCCGCUCUCUGUCGAUUGAUCCUGAAUCCCACAGCCUCUCCGAUCUCCUCCAGGGCCGCAUUUCCAAUUCUCAUCUCCGCCAAAUCCAUGCCCGAAUCUUCCGUCUUCAGAAGCAUCAACACAAUCUAAUCGCAACUCGUCUUAUCGGCCACUACCCACCUUCCCUCGGAAUCAGAGUUUUCAGUCAUCUCCAUCGCCCCAAUAUAUUCCCUUGCAACGCCAUCAUCAGAGUACUUGCUGAAGGGAAUUGUUCGUUCCAAGCCUUUUCCAUCUUCAAGUCCCUGAAACAGCUCUCCCUUCUCCCCAAUGACUUCACUUUUUCUUUCCUUCUCAAGGCGUUUCACCGUUCCGGCAAUGCCCCGAUUGUGAAACAAAUUCAUGCCCACCUCCUGAUAAUGGGUUACUUGGGUGAUUCUUUCAUCUCCAAUGGCCUUCUUGGAGUCUACGCGAAGGGUCUGAAGGAUAUGGGUUCUGCUCAUAAGGUGUUCGAUGAAAUGUCUGAUAGAGAGAUGGGUUGUUGCUGGACUUCUUUGAUUGCUGGCUAUGCACAGACGGGUCUUGCUGAGAAGGCCCUGCUGGUUUUUGUGACGAUGAUUAGAGAACGUAUGCAUCCGGAUGAUGAUGCCAUGGUUAGUGUUCUAUCUGCUUGUUCGAAGUUUCGAGUUGCUGAAGUUGAGAAAUGGAUUGCAGAAUUGGAACAAUUUGUUAAUGAAUUUGAUACCAACAGCUCUUGUUGUGAUUCGAUCAAUACUGUUCUCGUUUAUCUAUAUGGGAAGUGGGGGAAGAUUGAGAAGAGUGAAGAAAAGUUUAACCAAAUUGUUGAUAAGAGAAGUGUGCUUGUUUGGAAUUCAAUGAUAAAUGCAUAUUUUCAGAAUGGUUGUCCUGCGCAAGCCUUGACCCUUUUCCGUCAGAUGGUUGAGAUUUCCCAUUGCAGACCAAACCAUGUCACAAUGGUCACGGUCCUUUCGGCUUGUGCUCAAAUCGGCGAUCUGCAGCUCGGUCGUUCGGUUCAUGAAGCUAUAGAACAAGGUGGACGUAGUGGUAUAAUUGCAUCAAACAGAAUGUUGGCCACUGCAUUGAUUGAUAUGUAUUGUAAAUGUGGGAGCUUGGAGAGGGCCAAGGAAGUUUUUGAUCAACUAUCCACCAAAGAUGUAAUCUCCUUCAACGCCAUGAUCAUGGGCCUUGCAGUUAAUGGCAAAGGCGAUGAGGCAUUGAAGCUUUUCGCCCUAAUGCAAGAGUUCGACACAAGACCGACUGCUGGAACAUUUAUUGGCUUAUUAUGUGCUUGCAGCCACUCUGGCUUUUUACAACAAGGGCGUCAAAUUUUCAACAAAAUGACCACACACUAUUCCGUAUCUCCUAGUUUAGAACAUUAUGCUUGUUACAUCGAUCUUCUUGCUCGGGCAAGCCUCUUCGAAGAUGCUCUUGAAGUUGUUUCGAAAAUGCCUUUCGAACCUAAUAACUUUGUGUGGAGUUCUCUACUAAGAGGUUGCCUACUCCAUUCUAGAUUUGACUUGGCUCAGUAUGUUUCCAAAAAGCUUGUACAAGUGGAUCCUGAAAACUCUGCUGGCUAUGUAAUGCAAGCUAAUUCAUUUGCUACUGAUCUUCAAUGGGAUGAUGCAUCAGCUCUGAGAUGGUUUAUGAGAGAAAAGGGUGUUCAUAAGCAGCCAGGCCAGAGUUGGAUCAGUAUAGAUGGAAUUGUACAUGAAUUUCUCUCGGCAUCCCGAUUGCAUCCGUACGUCGAUCGAUUGUAUAAUAUGUUGAACGAGCUAGAAAAACAAAUGAAGUUAGCAAUCCCAUAGAGCAAAGCUCACAACUCACAAGGGGUGUAAAAUCAAAAUGCAUUUUCUCUGUAACAUUUACCCUCUUUGGCUAUUAGAUAAGUUAAAUUGUGUACAUGCCAUAGGAAAAUUUGAUUGCUUUGUUCUAGUAAUAAUUAUUAUUAUUUAACUUAUUGAAUUAUUACACGUAUCUAAA